AUGAGUUAUUUGAGUGUGGGUGUUAGCCCUGGGACUGUGCCAGUGUACCACAGUUCAAACCUCAAAGUAUUGGAUAGGAGGGUAAGGAUAGCAGAGUUGGUGUUAAGGUUUGUGACCCUUGGUCUAGGGGUUCUUGCAACUGUUCUUGUGUGCACUGACACCCAGGUCAAAGAAUUUUUCUCCUUUCAGAAGAGAGCUAAAUUUACAGACAUGAAGGCUUUAGUGUUUUUGGUAGUAGCCAACGGGCUAUCUGCUGGCUACUCCUUAAUCCAAGGAUUGCGCUGUGUUGUGAAUAUGGUUAGAGGAAGUGUACUCUUCAACAAGCCCUUAGCUUGGAUCAUUUUCUCUGGUGACCAGGUAAUGGCAUAUGUGACAGUGGCUGCAGUGGCGGCUGCAGGGCAAUCCGCGGUGUUUGCAAACAUGGGUCAACCAGAACUUCAAUGGAUGAAGAUAUGCAACAUGUAUGGGAAAUUCUGCAACCAAGCUGGACAAGGGAUAACUAGUGCUUUUUUGGUUAGCCUUAGUAUGGUGGUCCUGUCUUAUAUUUCUGCUUUUAGUCUCUUCCGUUUGUAUGGCGCUAAAAAUAACAAAAAUGCAAGUUGGUAG